UGCGAUUCCAGGCGGAGAAAGCUCAGAGAGAAAAUGGGACGGAGUUGUUCAGUCGCGCAAUUGAUUAAAACAAUCGUAAAGGAAACAUAAGCCAUUUCUUCGGUCUGGUUAUCUGUCGACGUCUUCCUGCUGUCAUGAGUUGGGCAUUAGAGGAAUGGAAAUCUGGAUUACCCAGCCGGGUCGUGCAGAAGAUAGCAGAGUACGAGAACCAACUGGAGAAAUUCAAGAAGGAACGGCAACAGAAGCAGCUGCAGCUGGAUAGUUUAGAGGUUGCAUUUCAAAAAGAAAAUAAAAAGCUUGAAGAUGAGAAGAAUGAAAAUGCAUCGCUGAAGAGAGAGACGCAAAGUCUGAAGGAGGCGUGCACCAACCUGGAGAAGGCACAGCAGAGGUUCUGUCACGAAAUUCAGGUGAAGGAGGCUCUUGUGUGCAGUCUGGAGGGCCAACUGGUGGCAGCCAGGAGGCAGAUUGAUGAGCAGGAGCAAGAAAUAAAAAGGCUGGAAGCAGAGCUUGAGCGAAGCCAAAGGGCCUCAGCAGGAACAGAACAUCACCUCCUCCCCACUCCGACUAAGAACUUUCCUGGGUGUACCGCGCUCAGCGGGGCCGGCGAGGAUCCGAAGUGGGUUGAACUGCAAGAAAAAUACUGCCGGGAGGUGGAGGAGAAGAAACGGCUGAGUUCUGAAGUGAAAGCAUUGAAGCUGCAGGUUCAACAGUUGCAAUUCAGCAGCAACAAGAGCCAUCGCGAAAGUGCUCCGCAGCAGAUCAGGGCCUCCACGUUUUCCUGGCAGCAGGAGAAAGCACCCGCUCAGGUGGCUGAGAGCCCGGUCAGACACGGAUCCUCUUCCUCUGUCUUCCCAUGGGAACAGCCAAGGACUUCCCUGUACCAGAAUCCCAGAAGCCCCCAGCAGAACAACAAGACCAGUCGCCUUGAAUUGGAGUCCAAGGACAACCACCUGGAAGAGUCGGUCAGGGUGCAAGUCCAGGAAUUGAGGAAAGAAAACCAAGUGCUGCAGUGUACGAUGUCCGAGUUGGAACUCUGGGUGCAGUCCCAGGAGAAGGAGAUCAAAAACCACCUGAACAAGCUGCAGGAAGCGCAGUCGCUGCUGGAGAAGUGCAGGGGCGAGCUGGCAGCGAAGGAAGCGGCCCUGUGUAAGAGCAGGGCUGACCUGGAGCGAGCAGCGGCGCAGCAGGAGCAGGCGAGAAACAAGUGCGCAGUCCUCGAGCAGAAGCUGAAGCAGGUCUCCGAGGAGCUGAACUGUCAGAGGCAGAAUGCGGAAAGUGUCCGGCGCACGAUGGAGCAGAAGACAAAGAGCAGGGAGAAGGAAUACCAGCAGGAACUGUCCGACCAGCAACACGCCUAUCAAAGCCUUGAUCAUCAGUGUAAGCAGGAGAAGAACCAAUUGAAUCAGGAGAUCCAGCAGCUCAAGGCCGGACACCUGGCUUUACAGGCUAAAAUCAAUCAAAUGGCGGCAGGGAAGCAGCUGGUGGAUAAAGAGUUGGAAGACGUCAAGGCAAAAUUGAGCUGGGCGGAGAAAGAGCUUGCAACUCACCAGAAGAAUGGGGACGACCUUCAGAAAAAUCUUCAGUGUGCGCUGAAGGAGAAGGAAUGUGUCAGUGCCUGGCAAGAACAAAGUGCCCAGAGAGUCGUGCACCUCGAAGCACAGCUGAAGAAGCUGGAGCAACAGUUAGCAGGAAGUCAGAGGUCAAGAGAGGAGAUAAAAGCUGAAAACCUGGCUCUCAUGUCCCAGCUUGAAGACCUGCAAGUGAAGUUGCGCCACCAGAGCAGGACAAACCCGGAGAGCGUGGACCCACCCUUGAAUAGAAAUGAUGCGGGCGCGAUCGGCAAAUCCAACCACAACAACGAGCCCAAGACUUGUCAGUCAGAGGGCGGAAAGCCCGACGGUGCGCAGACAGUACUGGGAUUGCAGCCAGAAGCCGCAGAGGAAGCAUUGGACUUGAUGGAAGGUUGCCAACUCGGAAAGGCGGGGCAGGCGGAUGAGUUGGACCCAGGUCCUGGGGGCGACGAGGAGGAAGAUCACACUACGGGCCGGGCAGUGAGCUUGGCGACUGAACUGUAUGGAAAACCAGAAGAAUCCCAAGUUUCGGGGAAAACAGCGAAAGCGCUCCCGAGUUCUGAAGAGGAAACGGAGGCCAGACUCCCGGCACUGAAGGUCGAAGCAAAGAAGGAACUGGAGGCCAGGGCAGCAGAAACCACGGUGGUGCGCGAUGAACCUAAAGAGAAGGCCGAGGGGGUCGAAGGACAUGACAAACCAGAUACCAAGUGUGCACGUCUCGGAGAGAUCGAACUGAAGCUAGAGGAAGUGGAAAUGAAAAAUCAGGCGCUGCAGUGCGAGUUGGACAACGCAAGGCGAGAGCUUGAAAGCAAAGUGGCCGAGGACCGGAAGGAUCGGCAGACUGUGACAGAGCUGAGAAGGAAGCUAAAGCAGGCCGUGAAGAGCAGCGCCGCAGAAGCCGAGCGCUCGAGCGCGUUGGCUACCCUUCAGGCAGAGCGGAUUCGCACGCUGGAGAAGGAGCUGGAGCGAGCGAGGGUCCUUGUGGGGAAGUUGCAGGAGACCACUAAGCUGUUGGAGGACGAGUGCAGUAAAGCCUCCCGACUGUCGCGAUCCGGCGGUGGUCACCUGGGAUCGAGUGACGAACUUGAGAUCCUGCAAAAUGCUGCAUCCAAGAAGGUGCAGCAGCUCCAGCAAGAAAUUGUAGAUCUUAAGUGUGAAAAGGUUUGCAUCGAGGAGAUCAUGAAGGCCAACGGUGAAAACAGAGACGCAUUGGAGCCUUUCAAGCAGAGAGAUGCCCAGAGCCUUGAGUCUUCAGUCUUCUCAAAUCACUCGAGCGGUGAUCCAAGUGAGACGGCAGAACCCAAGCUCGGCGAGGAGAAUUUUGGCUUCACGGGUGUCACGAAGGCAGGUGACAAAAGCCGAGAACUUCUCCUGGAAUGCCUGAGGAGCCAAGUGUUUGAACAGUCUGGGUUUAGCAACGAAUUGAAAGAGCAUCAGAAGCACUUUGCUGAACUGCAGCAAAGGUGCGAGGAGUUGGCCAGGGAGAAGGAGGAAGCAGUGGAAGCCAAGCGACAGGCCCAGGACAUGUUUGAUAACCUACAGUCCAGGAUCCACAGUGAGACCCAGCAGUUAACAGUCGCCCUGGAAGCCCAGAGCAAGAACAUUGAGGAUCUUCUCCUGAGCCUGGAGGAGAAGGACGGCAUCAUUCAGGUCCUAAACAGGCGUCUGCAGGGUGCCUUAAAAAUUUUGGCAUGCAUUAACCAGGAAAACCGAGACCUGAAGGUUAACUUGAAGACUGUCACAGAGACAUCCGAGGGAAAUCGUGCCAGCCCCCCUGAAGAGGCUGUGCUGGAACAGAGCCAUGGACGGGUUCCCCAAGCUGACCAAAGCGCGCAUGAAAAUAGCAGCCCAUUGUUGAUGGCUUCCUCAGCGCAGGGUGCUGACGAGAACGCGCGGGAAUCGGAGCCAGGAAGGGUGCAGCGAUUGGAGCCCGGUUGCCGUGAAAGUGCUUUUGAUGAUCCGCUGCUUCUGCCCCGGGAACGAGCAACUGAAGCAGCCCCGUCCCGCUGUAACGAGCGUGACGAAGCAAAGGUGCCCUUGCCGAAUAGUCCUGCCGCACGAAACGUACCCGGGACGGGUGAGGUUGCUGAAAAGCAGCUGCCGGAUGAAGAAGCCCCCUACUUCGAAAGUGCGCUUCCUGAUAAUCCGCUUGUACCAGGCCAGCAAAAGGCAGGUUCCACUCCCCGAGGAGCGCAAGGGACAACCUCCCCGCUUAACUCUGUUGCCCAAGUGAAGCAGGGCGCUCAGAUCCAAAGGCAGCCUGGUUGUGGAGGGUCUGGCAGCGGCGAUGCAGUGAAGAACGGCCAACAGACCAGAUGUCCGGACGGCUUGCGGGGAAAGGGGUCGACAGUCCCAUGUGACAAGGAGACCCAGUCCGAAAAUGAACCACUGAUACAGAGGGCCGCAGAAAGUGCUGACGCCCGGACGAACGCCCCUGGUUUAGAAGAAGAGAAGUCAGCGGAAGAGCUUGCUGAAGAAGUGGAAGGUGCGAAUCGCCGAUUGAAAGAAGAAAGAAGUCGGGGAGCGGUUGACGCUCUGAAUGGGCGAUUAAGCCGUCUGGAUGAAAAAUGCAGAGCCCUGGAGCACGAAAAGGAGCAGCUGAGCUUGGAAGUUGGAAGGCUGCAGGAGUCAGCCAGCGGCUUGCAGCGCGAGAAGGACCGCUUGACGGCCGCGAUCCAGUCCGCCGAGGCCCUGUGCAAAGUGAGCGCCGAGGAGCAGAGCCGUCUCCGGGAGGAGCUGGAGGCGCUGCUGGAGUGGAGGCGGCAAGUCUUGGAAGGUGCUGCUGCCUUGGAAACUCAGGAAGCGAGCGGGCAGACGGAGCUGCGUUCCCUGCAGGGCUCUCUGCUGGGAUUGCAAAACCACGCCGAGACGCUGGCGAGGGAGUGCAGGUCCUUGAAAGAUGCCGCUGAAAACGCAAGGCAUUCGCAAAGGCACCUUCGGCAGGAACUGCAGCAAGCCCUUUCUGAAAAGGCUGUUCUGCAGAACCAGGUGGAGCAUCUACGGAGUAUAGCAGCGGAGCUGAAUAAAGAGAACAGUUACCUGCAGGGCCAGUUGAAGCAGUGGCAGAGUCCACCUACAGAUAAAGAGGUGCCCACGGAUUGUCAACAGCAAAGAGACCUUCAUGAUGAUCUCCUCGCAAAUAUCCAACAGCAAGACGCUGCCCAGAUCACAGCAAGGAAGAUGCAGGCAGACCUGGAGGCUUUGAAACGAACUGUGCAGAAGAAAAAUGAGGAAGUUGACCAUAAUCUCCUCGCGUACGCGGAUUUGCCGAAUGGACAUCGAGAAGCCGAGAGAGUGGGGCCCGCCACCGCGGAGUCGCCUCCUCCUCGGGCAGAGCCGGAGAACCGAGGGGUGGCUGAGGGUUGCGAACCAGAGCCCUUGGCUGAUCGGUUAGCCACGGAAGCUGAACGGGACCAGGCUGACCCCGGCCAGGGGUCAGAUUAUGGCGGCCUGCUCGCGGGUUCCUUGGCAAGGUCGAAAAGCGGAGAACUUGUAACGAGGAUCAACCCGGCAGAGCUCGCCGCGAGAAUACGGAGGAGCCGCCAGUUCCGGCAUCACCUGUCCGUGGCGUUUGACGAAACGGAGUAUGAGCCAUACGGACUGCCUGAUGUCGUGCAGAAAGGCUUCGCCGACAUCCCUUCUGGGUCUUUCUGCCCACACGUCCUGCGGCGAGGAAUUCUGAACUCCGCACUUUGUCCUCAGCAGCAGGAGAAAGAACCGUGCGACUAGCUUCGGGGACGACAGGCGACGAUGGUGGCAAGCAAAAUUGGUACAAAAAAAUGAUGAGCCGUGUCUGCUGGAAAUGGAGGGCUCUCAGAAAAUAAGAACCUGUUUACAGAGUAACACAUACAAAACGCUGAAGGAAAUCGGCAGGGUGGGUGGCAUCUACGGAAGGUAAUAAACCGUCGGCGUUUCGUGCCGAUGCGUCAGCAGUUUAUUUCACUCCACAGGUGCUGCCUGACCUGCUGAGAUUCUCCAGUAUUGUGCAUGUGUUGCUCCAAGUUUCCAGUAUCUGCAGAAUCUCUUGUGUUUAUGGUUUACAGGUCCUUAUUAGGAUAAGAUUAAUAGAUUUGUAACUUGUAAAAGACAAAUUGUAAAUGAUUUAUAGUGGAAGCCCGGGUUCCUGGGUCUCUUUCUCUCAAAGGUACCAGAAUUGAAUUUGCACAAUGUGGGUUAAUGUGGAUUUUGUUACUGAUAUUUAAGUCAAGUUUAUUUUCAUUUAACUAUAUACAUGUAUAACCGUCAAAGGAGACGUUUCUCUGGACCAAGAUGUAAAGCACAGUAGUACACACAACAUAUAAUAACAUGAAAUCUACAGAUGAAUCACUAAUAAAUAACAAACUAACGUACAUUAAUAUUAAAUAUUGUCAGGUACAGAACAGAUUAACCAGUGACACUCGAAUGCGAUGCAGCAGGGAGUUCAAAAGCCUGAUGGCCUGAGGGAAGAAACUGUUUCCCAUCCCGACCGUUCUUGUCUUUAUGCAUCGGAGUCUCCUGCCCGAUGGUAGAAAGUCAAAGAGGAUGCUGGAUGGACGGGUGGGAUCCUGGAUAAUACUAAGGGCCCUGUGUACGCAGCGCUCCUGGUAAAUGUACCCGAUGGGUGGUAGGGAGACCCCUAUGAUCCUCUCGGCCGUUCUCACAGUCCUAUGUAGGGACUUCCAGUCCAAUGCUUGGCUGCUCCCAGACCAGAUAGAGAUGCAACUUGUCAGGACGACCUCAACUGAGCUCCUGUAAAAUGCAGUUGGGGGGUGGUGGUGAGGGGUAGCCACACUUGCCUUAAUCUCCUUAGGAAGUGGAGACACUGCUGUGAGAUCAUCCGUGAUGAGAACUUCUAAUUUAUUUCAGGUUUCUUUUUGAUGUUUAGUGAAAAUUAAUCUUUUCGGUGCAGCCCUUUGCAGAGAGAGGUGCCUGUGCCUAUUAGCGUCGCUACAGUAUGGGAGGUUGUUACAAGAACUGACAGGAUCGCACUGCUGUGCGAAGCGUCGGGAAGAGGCGGGUAUUCCUCAUCUGUAAAACUACCUAAAUCCAAAAAUAACAAAAUGCCCAUUGCAUCUCCACCCCGAUUGUUAUUAACAGACUUCCUCCGCCUCUGGCACUUCACAUGGAGUUGAAACUGAGAGGAGACUUUCCCUUUUUGAAAAUAACAUGGCACAUCUUUGCUGCCUGUCUGUUUCCCUCUCUGUCUUCCUCUAAAUGUUAUUUCACUGACUACCUAUAUGCCUGGGGCAGGUUCCGCUGUGGCCCAGAAGAGAGAAUUGGAUAAAAUAUAUGAUGAAGAAGAUGUGGAAGGUCACAGCAAGACACAUUUUUGGGCGCCAGCUUAGCAUGUCCAGGUCGCUGUGCAGACAACAUACCAGGCAACAACGGGAAAACAAGACCUGUCCCUCCCUCCCACCCAGGCACUCACCCACGUGCAUUGCGCAGUUCUCUAAUGCCAAGGCAGGCCACCUUCGUCUUCUGGUCUUAAGUGCCUGUGGAUUGCCCGACUUCCUAGGGGCUGUCGCCAUCCAGUACACAACCCCUUCUCAUUAUUACCAUCUCAGAGGAGAUACAGGGGCCUGAAGACCCACUCUCAACAAAUCCAAACGGCUUUUUUCCCCUUUGCCAUCAGGUUUCUGAUUGGUCGAUGAGCACAGCCUCAUUACCCCAUACCUCACACUGUUUGUUUAUGGAAAUGGGAUUGGUAAAGGGCUAGCAGGGAUGUGAUGGGGCAAAUGGCCUCUGCUGUAGCCACUCAUUGAUUUUAAGGCAUUUUACUGUUGUUACAUUGAGAUUCUAAUCAGUCUCACCAAUUCACAUUGAUUACAGGCAUUUAAAUUAAUUCAUUGUGUUUUCCUGGUCAAUAAUAAGGCCACCUUAUAUUUUGACAAAUGGCUACAGUAUUAAAUUCUAUGAGGCCUCAUAUGUUGAAACCAAAGUUCAAAGUAAAUUUUACUAUCAAAGUACAUAUGUGUCUCCAUAUACAACCCUGAGAUUCAUUUCCCGGCGGGCAUCCUCAGCAAACCUAUAGAAUAGUCACUGUAAACAGGAUCAGUGAAAGAUCAGCCAGAGUGCAGAAGACAACAAACUGUGCAAAUGCAAAUAUAAAUAAAUAGCAAUAAAUAACGAGAACACGAGAUAAAGAGUCCUUAAAUUGAGAUCAUUGGUUGAGGGAACAUCUCAAUGGAUGGGUGGAGUUAUCCCCUUUUGUUGAAGAGCCUGAUGGUUGAGGGGUAGUAACUGUUCCUGAACCUGGUGGUGCGUGUCCUGAGGCUCCUGUACCUUCUACCUGAUGGUUGAGGGGUAGUAACUGUUCCUGAACCUGGUGGUGCGAGUCCUGAGGCUCCUGUACCUCCUUCCUGAUGGUUGAGGGGUGGUAACUGUUCCUGAACCUGGUGGUGCGCGUCCUGAGGCUCCUGUACCUCCUUCCUGAUGGUUGAGGGGUGGUAACUGUUCCUGAACCUGGUGGUGUGAGUCCUGAGGCUCCUGUACCUUCUGCCUGAUGGUUGAGGGGUAGUAACUGUUCCUGAACCUGAUGGUGUGAAUCCUGAGGCUCCUGUACCUCCUUCCUGAUGGUUGAGGGGUGGUAACUGUUCCUGAACCUGGUGGUGCGAGUCCUGAGGCUCCUGUACCUUCUACUUGAUGGCAGCAGCGAGAAGAGAGCACGGCCUGGGUGGUGGGGAUCUCUGGUGAUGGAUGCUGCUUUCCUACGACAGUGUUUCAUGUAGAUGUGCCCAGUGGCUGGGAGGGCUUUACCCGUGAUGGAGUGGGCCAAAUCCACCACCUUUUGUGGCAUUUCUUAUUUGUAAAAAUAGGUGUUGGGAUCUUGUUGAAAGAUUUUAUUUAAUAAUUGCUUUUGAUGUGGAAUUUUGUCAAAUGUGAAACCACCUGUACUGCUUAUCAUUUUGAUAGCUAUUGUAUACAAAUUUGUUACAUUCAAAUUAUUUGCUGUAUGGGUGGAGUAUUGUAUUAUCUGCCAAAGCCAAUUUAUUCUCAAGUAUUAUUGCUUUCUUUGUGCUGACCACGUUCGAAAGGACACAUGCUGCACUUGGCACUUCAGGUUUGUGGUAAGCAGCCCUACAGAUGAAAUCCGGAAGCAAGUCAGAUGUUGUGCGAUGCAAUUACCAUGUUGCACUUCCAUCUCAAGAAAGAAACAGAUGUCACUUUUUCUAAUGCUUCGGGUUGUACCAGCCCUUGUGCUGAGAGAGGUUAUUCAUCGCCCGCUGUAAUGUUCGUUGGAUUUUGAUUCUGAAUUACCGUUGUGUUCUUUCGACCCAAUUAAUUGCCAGAAUUGCACAAUUCCCUAGCUGGAAGAAGUCUGCCAACUCUGAAGCAGACUUCUGUCUGAGCCAGCAACCAGCAGGUGUCACCGUUCACCACAGUAUAAAGUUUGUUCCAUAAAGGGGAGUGAAUCAACCUGGAGAUGUCUCCAGCACAGACUUGAAUAUUAAUCUAGUUUAUGGUGGUAACAUAAUCACAUCUUCAAUCAGCUGUUCUUGGGCUUCCAGCCGUGUACAGGUAUCGACUAUAACCGAUGUAUUGAUGACAAACUCGGCCAUCUUUAUCAGGGAUGAUGCCUGGGUACGUUUAGUCCGGUGGUAUUUAUACCCCCCAUAGUCCAUCCCUCCUGAUUGGUUAGCCCUCAACCAAUCAGGUUUCUGCUUUCCCACCUCGUUUACAAUCGAAUUCGAGAUCUUCAUCUUUGCUAAAAUCCUUUUCCUCUAGUUUUAUUUCAGCGGCUUCCUUCACCAGGCGGUCCCAAAAGCCACUGACACGGCACGGUAGUUUUGUGCCAUUGAAGUCAAUCCUGCGGCCAUUGCGAAUGCAAUGUUCUGCUAGCGCCGAUUUCUCCAGGUAACCCAAACGGAUACACCUCCUGUGCUCCUUGAAGGCUGGAAGCCCAAGAAGAGUUUAUUCGUCAGGUACGCUGGGUAAACACUAGAUCUAUAAUCAUAGCAUUGUUGGAAUGGUAAUAUAUCCAGUCUAGUUAAUUUUCCCCCAUUCUGAAUGGGGAUACCAUACUCCUAGAUCAAUAAAUCGCUGCUAUAUGCUUGGUCCUCCAGUCCGAAUACUGAGAGGGAAGUGCCCACCUGCACUUUGCAAAGCUAUUGUCCAUGUGCCUAUCUGGGAGUUUCUUAAGGGCUGCUGAUGCAGCUGCCUCUUACAAACACCCCUGGCAUGGUGUUACACACACUCACCAUUCUUUGUGUUAAAUAGCUUACCUCUGAUAUCCCCCCCCCCCACAUACUCUCCUCCAAUCAACUUAAAAUUAUGCCCCCUCGUAUGAGCCAUUUCUGCCCCGGGCAAAAGAGUGUCUGGCUGGCCAUUUAUCUAUCAUACCUCUCAUAAUCCUCAGACGGAGCAAGUUAGAGCUUUUCUCUUUGGAGCUAUCUUCAUACGCUCUCUAGAUCAGGCAGCAUCCUGGUAACUCUCCUCCAUACCCCCACUGAACUCCAUUCCUCUGGUGGUGGUCAAAAACAGUGGGGUCGGGGUAGGCAGGCCAGGGCAAGUGGUGUGGUCGCUUGGACCUCAGGUAUGCAGCCUAGUCAGCGGGUAGGUUUGGGUCCGCCGCUGGAGACUGGUGCACCUGCUCUUUGUGUUUCAAUGCCUCAAGUUGUAACGGGAGCCAUUGCCUCUGUCUUACCUGAUCUGCACACCUCUCAACCCAGCCUGGCGAUCUCUAUAUGGUCAUCAUUAUGUGCCAUGUCAUAUGAGAUCAUCAUAUGAUGUGGGUGAUCGUGGUCUAUGGCCAUGAUUGUUCUUGGCAAAUUCUACAAAAGUGCCUUCUUGUGGGCAGUGUGUCUUUACAAUGUGGAGUAAACCCCAGCCAUUAUCAGUACUCUUCAGAGAUUAUCUGCCUGGUGUCAGUGGUGGCAUAGUACGUGACUUGUGAUAUGCACCGGCUGCCCCCACGGGGAAGGGCUAAGCAGGUUCUACACCUUGCCCAGGGGUGACCUGCAGGCCAGUGGAGGGGAAAGAGUGCCUCACGCCUCCCUUGGUGGAGACGCAUCCCCACCCUGGCACCCAAAAGUACAGUAUGUGGUAUACUAGGCAACCUCUACACAGAGGAGUAGGGUGAAUCAUGAUUGGGGUUUGCUAGGUUGCUGCUGCAGCAGUACUGUCAAAAACACUUUGUUCAGGAUUCUGUAAUAAUUGUUAACACUAAUUACAGUGUUGUUCUUGUACUUGGGAACAUAGUCAUUGUGCAAUGCAGUGUAUUCAUGUAUUGAUAAUUCACUUCUUAAUUUGAAGGAACCAGCCUGUUGAGUCUCGGGCUUGACAGUCAUUUUUGAUGAUAUCAGAUGCUGCUUGAUUGUUAGCAGCUUCUGUGUAAGCGUGCGAUGUACUCUGGUUGCUUACGUGAUAAGAAGUUACUCUUCGUCUGCCACUCACAAAUGUUUAGACACGACUAAGCACAGCGAGGCACUGCCCAGAGCUUGGACAGUUCCAACGCCGGCCCAGAUAGUCUGGAAGCCCGAGGCUGAUCUCGCUGGCUCUCCCGCAGAUAUUCAGUCCUUUCCCCACGGCGCUGAGGCUGUGAACUGGUUCGGCUGCCUUCGUUUCUGCCCUGUUGGUGCGAUGAACUGGGGACUGACGCCUGGAGCAGAUCUGGGACUCGGUCUGGUAUAGGAUGCUGUUGGCUUGCUUCUAUUCACAUCAAUGUGUGUUUUUCUCUCUCUCUCUCUCUCUCUCUCUCUCUCUCUCUCUCGGCACAGUGUUUUUUUUAAAUCGGGUUAUUCGGGUUUCUUGUAAGCAGACAAAUAAGGUGUAUAAUUUAUAUAUUCUUCGAUAAUAAAUGUGCUUUGGAUCUUUGAAACAUCUGUGCAAGUUCAAAUUGAAUUUAUUGUACAAAGAAAGUACGUCUACAGUGUAUGCCACCAUACACCACCAAGCCUGACAUUCGUUUUCUCGCCGGCAGACUCAGUAAUCUUAAUAGAAUCACUGAAAGACCCUGCCCAACGGGCAAUGUGCAAAAGACAACAAAAUGAAAGAAAACAAUAGAUAAACAAUAAGUAUUGAGGACAUAAGAUGAAGAGUCCUUGAAAAUGAGAUCAUUGGCUGUGGGAAUGUCUUAAUAAUCAGGCUUUUGUUCAAGAGCCUGAUGGUUGAGGGGUGGUAACUGUUCCUGAACAUGGUGGUGCGAGUCCUGAGGCUCUUGUACCCUCUACCUGAUGGCAGCAGCGAGAAGAGAGCACGGCCUGAGUGGUGGGGGUCUCUGAUGAUGGGCACUGCUUUCCUGCGACGCCUCUCCGUGUAGAUGUGGUUAGUGAUGGGGAGGGCUUUGCCCAUGAUGGACAGCGGCCUAUCAAAUUAGUUUUUGUACGAUUUUGUGUUUCCAUACCGGGUUGUGAUGCGGCCAGCCAAUAUACUCUCCACCACACAGCUAUAGAGGUUUGUCUUAAGUUUUAGAUGUCAUGCCAAAUCUUCACAAAUUUCUAAGGAAGUGGAGGUGUUACCAUGCUUUCUUCGUAAUUGCACUCCACGUCAAGUCGCUUUUUAUUGUCAUUUCGACCAUAACUGCUGGUACAGUACACAGUAAAAACGAGACAUUUUUCAGGACCAUGGUGCUACAUGAAACAGUACAAAAACUACACUGAACUACAUAAAAACAACACAGAAAAAAACUUACGUGCUGGAUAAUAUAAUUCCCACUUCAAAUAAAUGCUAGUUCAGGAUAUGGCAGGGCUAUUAAGCAUUCUUUCCACCAAUUGUUGAUUUUAAGAUUUUUAAGUCAUAGGAGCUGAAUUAGGACUUCAGACACAAUUAUUCUGCAUCGUGGCUGAUUUAUUUUCCCUCUCGACCCCAUUCUCCUGCCUUCUCCCCGUAAACUUUGAUGCCGUUACUGAUCAAGAGCCUAUCAUCCCUUGCUUUAAAUCUUCUCAGUGACUUGGACUCCAUAUCCGCCUGUGACAAUGAAUUCCACAGAUUCACCACCCUCUGGCUAAAGAAAUUCCUGUUAAACCAGAUCGAAGAAAGAUGAUCCAAUGCCUUUUUUUAAACGCUCUAAUUAACUGGACAUAUCUGGACAUAUAACUUCCUUUGUUCCUAGGCAUUCUAUUUAUUGCCAUGGCUUCGUAAGGUAAUUCAAACACAACAGAACCGUAUUAAUACAGGACAGAGCCAAUAUUACUAUGAUUUUGUUUACAGGUGUUCCUCCCCCCUUUACAAAGGUAGAGCACUCCUAUGAAACCUUUCUUAAGCCGAAAUAGUGUAAAGCGAAGAACCAUUAAUUUAUACGGGGAAAAAUUUUCGUAAAAGCAAAAAUCCUCUUUAUAAUGCGAAAACGUGUUACUAAUGUAGGUCUUUUGUAAAAGCAAAGUAGCAUAAAGCGAAUAAUUGUAAAGCAGGGGACACCACGAGAGCCUUUCCAUCUCAAUCUCUCUAAGAGCCAGGAAUACAUCUUUCUGGAGGGAAAGGUGUAUUCACAAUCAGAAUCAGGUUUAUUAUCACUGGCAUGUGAUGUGAAAUGUGUUAAUUUAGCAGCAGCAGUUCAAUUGAAUACAUAAUCUAGCUGAGAAAAAAAAUAAUCAUAAUAAAUAAGUAAAUCAAUUAUGUAAAUUGAAUAGAUCAUUAAAAUGUGCAAAAACAGAAAUACUGUAUAUUUUUAAAAAGUGAGAUAGUGUCCAAAGAUUCAAUGCCCAUUUAGAAAUCUGACAGCAGAGGGGAAGAAGUUAUUCCUGAAUCGCUGAGUGUGUGCCUUCAGGCUUCUGUACCUCCUACCUGACGGUAACAGUGAAAUAAGGACAUGUCCAGGGUGCUGGAGGUCCUUAAUAAUGGACGCUGGCUUUCUGAGACACCACACCCUAAAGAUGACCUGGGUACUUUGUAGGCUAGUGCCCAAGAUGGAGCUGACUAGAUUUACAACCUUCUGCAGCUUCUUUCGGUCCUGUGCAGUAGCCCCUCCAUACCAGACAGUGGUGCAGCCUGUCAGCAUUCUCUCCACAGUACAGCUGUAGAAGUUUUUGAGUGUAUUUGUUGACAUGCCAAAUCUCUUCAAACUCCAAAUUCCUUCCUGGUGUUCAUUCUUCAGCUGAAAGUCUUUCCAACAAAUUAUCUCUGAAUAUCACCCAACAGUCAUAAUAUUUAUUGGGGAACACACAAAGUGAAUCUGUAGAUCAGGCGGCAUCCAUGGAGCAGAACAAACAGGUGACUUCUAAGGCUGAGACACUUAAUUGUAUGUUGCUCAAGAUUGCCAGCAUCUACGUAACCUCUUGUGCCUAUAAUUAUUGGAAUGCUCAUGAAUUGGAAGAGCUAUUUCUUACGCUAAGGUUCAUCACUCUUGUGGAGUGAGAUGUAUUCGUGCAAUUUUAACUUGGGGGAUCCCUGGAUUCACCCUGGGUGCUUUACCAAUGACAGAUUGGGGCCAAAUGAAUGUCUGGAGUUCUAGAUUGGUUUUGAUGUUCUCCAAGCCACUAUAGUUUUCAAUGACCUCCGUCCCUUUCACCGCACUUACAGGUGGUGCUAAUUCAACAUUAGUUGUCGUUGGCGUUGAGCUCAUCCUGGUUUGCUUUUGCAAGUUCUGUGCACCGAUACUAGGGAUAAGCAGUGAGACCUACUUACUCAGAUACUGCCCGUUACACCGCUGGUGUUUAGGGCAACAAUGAAGGUCCUCCAUCCCUAGCAUUCAGGGCGUCCUUCAUCAUGUCUGUAGUAUCCUCUCAGUUUUCACCUAUCAUCAGUCAUGAAAGUUCCAGGUGGAGACUCAGGAAUACCGUUGCACUCAGAUGUAGAAGGAUUCUUCAUUGCUCUUUCUGCAACAGUUUUCUCUUGCCAGUCGGGGUUGUUAGCCCUGAGCUGAACCCCUGAACCUGGAGAACCUGUGGACCACUCUUAGUCUGGCCUCUACCCUUUGACCUGUUUGGCAUGGGUGGCCCUUACCAAGGGCCAAAGCAGAAAGCCCUGACUCCAACCAAUGUAUCUCUCCGGGUCGUUGAGGCACACAAGCCUCCAAACCCAAAGACAAGGUUGUCGUCCUCUUGGAGCUGCUUUUAAAUUGAGUUUUCUUUCCCAACCUCUGAGGUACAAGCUCUGAAUUGAUGCUUUCUUUUAUCCGUGAUUUCAACACUUUCAAUCAUUUAUGUAUACAGAUGUCCAAUAUGCUGAGUUGUUGAAUUUAAUCUUCCAUUUUUAAGAAAUCACUCUUUGGUAGUGAUUCUAUUUGAGGGGCUUCUAGAAGGGAUUCUAUUUCAUGUCUACAAAAAAUAUUGUCCACUGUUAAUUGAUCAGAUUACUUACUGUUACCGCCUUGUAUUAAAGCUCAUCGGACGCUGGCCCUUCACUGAUACCUGUGAAAGAAAUAAAAUUG